UCCUCCUCCCAGCAGCAGCGUCCUGCCCGGCGGAGCGCAGAGAGGAGCAGACUGAGCUGAGCAGCCCCGCGUCUUUCAUGUCCAGAAAUGUGCGCAGGCUGAAGAACGAGUCGCAUCUUUCUCUGUAACCUCCACAGACAAAAAAAAACACCGCUCUCAUCUUUUUGUAAUGUCACACCGGGAGCUUUAGGAGAAGGAUAAACGCGCAUUGAACAAAAUCCAACCACUUUCUGUUAAAGCAGCCGCUGAAUGCAGAUUUUUGGAUAGUCCUCACUGGCGAGGCCGACCUGACUAAUCAUCCAAGGUGUCAAGCUGGUACCUGUCCGAUGUCCUCUCCUCCCACAGUGUGAUGCGUCAUGGCUCCGGUGCUGAGUGGAGUGUGGUGGGGGCCGGAGGCAGGUGUCGCCGGGUCAGGGGCGGCAGCUGCUAGUGGGGUGGCGUCGUGGCUGGGCAGUGGGCAGCUGGUUGUGGUCGUCACCCUAAGUGCCCUUACUGCCCUGCUGCUCGUCUCUGUGCUGCUGCUCCUGUGUGCUAGCUGCCAGGGGCAGAAGAAAGCAGUCAAUGGACACCCAGCAGUGGACCAUGAGAACCUCAUGAAUGGAGUGUCAGAGAGAGAGACGAUCAGCCAAUCAGCAGAGAGUCCAGCGACUGAUGUGGCCGUCAGCACCUCUCACAAUGGACCUCUAACCAGCGGUACAAUUCUCUCAGACACACAGGACACCAGUCCCCAGCUGUCAGAGGAGAUGCUCUCCAGCCAAUCAGAGCUCAGGUCCUCCAAGUGUCCUCAGGAUCGCGAGCUCCCCAGCAUUCCUCCAAACAACGCCCUUAUCGGGGACGGACCGCCAGCCUCAGGGGACAGCACCUAUGAGGUGGUGAAAGAGAUUGCGGUGGCGUCACGUGAUGUCAGUGUCGAAGACUCCCUGUACGAGACGGUCAAGGAGCUCAAAGACCAACCCUCGCAGCUCGGCCUUCCCAACGGUACCGCCCAGCUCAGCCAAGAUGAGCCCCCCCAUCAUCCCCCUGUCCUCCUCAAUGGCCACCUCAGCCCCUGCACGCCUGAGCGGGGGCCCCUGUGCGCAGGGGUGGAGUAUGCCUCGGUGGACCUGAAUAAGAAGAGCCGCCACAGUGCCGACAUGGAGGCCAAAAGGCGCUCCGAUAAUGCUGCCGUUCCAUCUCACAAGCCUGUGGAGGAACCAGAGGAGGAUUUACCUCCACCGGUACCGGAAAAGGUUCUGGAUGAAAACGACAACCAGCCGGUGGUGAUGAAUGGGCUGGCAGGGGCUGGGCUGCACAAUGGAGAGUUGCACUCCCCUCUCUCUCCUGCACCAGGGUUCGACAACCACAUUUUGUCAGACAAUGAGUCAGCAGUGUACUCUACAGUCAACAAAACAAACUGUGACGAUGCUGUAAAUGAGGAAGACAAAGAACACGACUACAGCAGCAUCGCAGAGAUCAAAGGUCUCGUCCCGGCCUCGUCCUCCAGUGACCUCUACGCCACCGUCCGAGAUAUCUACACCCAGCCCGAUGAGCCCCAAGUGGGGGAAGACCCCGUCAUGGACAGCACAGAUCCUGGCUACGAGACCAUUCGCAUCCCAAAGACUAGUAGCUUGGAUGACGACCACAGGGCCGGGCUGGGGGCGGAGGGGUCAGACCCCGCCAAGGCUGAGCCUGACUACGAGAGCGUCGGAGAGAUGGGUCUGGGCCGGGAAACGUCGCGUCUCUGAGUUGUUUUUUUUUCCCCUGUUCAUCAUCAUCAUCAUCUUCAUCUGUGGCGGUUUGGGAGAAGCCUCCUCUCUGACAUAUCUUACAGAUGUCACUGCUUUGAACUUGCUACCAAGCAUGCUUUCGGUGCAUGACUUGGGGAAAAACGGCAGAAAUGGCUCAUGGCAGCAUUCAUCACCGAUGCAUGAGUGUCCUCUUUACAGCUUGGGUACGGUUUAUCAUAUCUGAACUUGACUCCUUUUAAUUUAUCAACCAGGGUGAAUGUGAUUGGUACUGGUACGCCUAUUAGUAAAUGAACUGUAGUACCUCAGUCAAUGGGCAUUAAUCAUGUGGAAGAGUGCACUUUGGAUUACCAUUAAACUCCUCUUUUUUUCCUGUGCUGACAGUGCAUAUCAUUGAAAACACUUGAUUGUGAAAAAGAUCAAAUAAAUAAACUAUCAAAUAAAUAUCCAAUCACAGCACAUGCAGCGUUUCAGGGUGUUAGCUGAGGACACUAUCAGUGCCUGUGACUUAAAAAAAAUACCAAGAAUUCAGUGCCAUAUAAUCAUGAAACACAUGCACUUACUGUACAUAUGGAGGUAACAGUGUUAUGCUAGCCCCUCUGCAGCUGCUAGUGACUUUCUAGCUUCCACCAGGUGACUCAGUGUCAUGUUUUAUUGAGUGUUAGAUUUCUAAAUUAUUCUUUGUCAGGUUGCCAGCACCUCCACUGUGCUAGAAAUUCCUGUGAAAGGGUAUGGAAAGCAAACACCAAUCUUAUCUGUGACCAAAUGGUUAGUAGAGACAAACAUGGCAUUUGAUAGUUUGUGCCAUCAAAUAGAAAUUAUGCCUUUUUGACUGCUACAUACUAUACGUGUCCUUUUGCUGAGACUAUUAAAUGCAAAUGUACGGGGGAAAAGAUGUUAACAGGGCAGGAGAAAGGAAACUAUUGUUCUGCAGAACCAAAAUUGAAACUAGCGGUGAGAGAAGGAGGCCUGUCUCGCACAAGCUUGUGGUUUCACAAAACAUUCUGAAAGCAUUUUUAGAUGUUUUACAGUCUAUGUCAACAUUUGUGUGAAAUUCAUAUUUAUUUGAAGAUGCAUAUUGUUGUGUAUUUGUGAAAUGUUAGAGUAUGUCUGUGAGAGAAACGUAAAUAGGAUUUUAUAGAGGUUUCUAGCAUUUUUAUUGAGAUAUUAAAAUGAAAGUGAGUUUUGAGGUGAUGACAGUUGUAAAGGUACGCGCCCCCCUGAGUUUAAAAAAAAACAUUCAUUAUUUAAAAAAAGUGACAAACAUGAGAUCAUAUUUAUAUGGUGUGGUCCUGUUGACUCUGUGAACCACUUUUCAUUCUGUCACAUUUUGCAAAUGCAAAAGACUUGCAAAGUGAUAAAACAACACACGAAACUUGUAUUAUUACUGCACAUCUGUACAUCAGCUGUAUUUUUUUUUUUUUGGUUGUCAUGUUUUUGUUGAGCCUACUCUUGGUACAGUAUGCGGUCUGUAGUUGGCAUCCCUGAUGAUUUUAAAGCACAAGGUAUAAUAUUAUGGUACUGCAUUUAUAUAUAGCUUAUCAAAAGCAUCAUCACAAUCAAGUAACAUCUCCGCACAAUUUGAAUAAAUAACGCUUUUUAACCUACUAGUAGCACAACACAAAACAAAUCCAUAUCUGUUUGUAGCUUGUCCUGACGACAUGCCAACCAAGGCUUGUAUAUAGUUAGAGCACUAUUUUAACCAACUGUUACUCGCUGGAAAAUUCUACGUAAGCUUUCACUUAUUUGUACAAUGUCCAGAGUGGUAUAAUUUUAAUAUAAGUCUGCUGAGAGCAAUGAUGUACUGUAUGUCAGCCAUGUUUUAAAGAAAAAAACUGAAACCCUGUUGUCCAAUGGCGUUUUUGCCUUGUAUUGUAACUCAAAGUUGUUAAAUAUCUUUUUGAGUUCUGAGAAGUUGUAACCAAUCAAAUGUCAUAAAUAUGGUACAAUGCGCUGGUACAUGCAUUUUAAGUGAACAGUGAGUGUGGUACUUUUAUUUAAAAAUUGAAUCACUGUCUGAA